AUGCCCAUCCGCGCCUACUGCACCAUCUGCUCCGACUUCUUCGACAACGAGCGGGACGUGGCGGCCGUGCCCUGCGGACACACCUUCCACUGCGCGUGGUGCCACAGCCGUUUAGCCAGCAGCAGCGCCCGGGCUCACUUCGCCUCCAGCUACCGACAGAGGAGGAAGAGCUUCCAGAGCGAAGGUAGCGUGCGCGUGCUGGAAUGCGGCGUUCCCGUUAGCUGCACCUCUGGUAGGAUUUGUGGAUUUCUAUUCUUAAUUUCUAAGGAGUGGUAUCCUGCUGUCCCCUGGUGAGCUGGGGGGUGGCCCCUGGGAGCAGCGCUCCUGGGUUUUAAGGAUUCACUGUAUGUUCUUUUCUUUUCCUUCCUCAGUCUCAUCCAGUGGUUUGACACAGCACCAAGCCGGACUUGUCCGCAGUGCAGAAUCCAGGUCAGCAAAAGACACAUCAUCAGUAAGCUGUUUUUUGAUGUUGCCCCAGAGGAGCAGACAGCACCAGAUGCAGAGACUUUGCAGAAUGAACUGGACGAGGUGAAGGCUCAGCUCUCCAUGAAAGAGAAAGAAAAGCGGGAAUGCCAGGCCAUUGUGGAUGGGCUGAGGGACACUCUGGAUGUGCGCAAUGCCACAAUAGAGUCGCUUCAAAAAGUGCUGGGAGAGACAGAGGUGCUGUGCUCCUCUCUCAAGAAGCAGAUGAAAUUCCUGGAGCAGCAGCAGGAGGAUAACAGGAGUUCAAAGGAGGAAGCCCGUCGUCUGCGGAACAAGCUGAAAACCAUGGAGCGGAUUGAGCUGUUGCUUCAGAGCCAGCGCCCCGAAGUGGAGGAGAUGAUCAGAGAGAUGGGAGUUGGGCAGGCAGCAGUAGAACAGCUUGCCAUCUACUGUGUCUCCCUGAAAAAGGAAUAUGAAACCUUGAAGGAGGCUCGGAAGAUCUCUAGUGAGAUGACAGAGAAGCUGAAGAAGGAGCUGUUUUUGGUCAAUAACAAGCUACAGAAAACAGUUUCAGAGUUGGAGAAGACAAAGGAGGAAUUAAAAAGCACCCAGAAGGAUCUGAAGAAUGCAGACAAGGAGAUCUUGAGUUUGAAGAAGAAGAUAGACAUCCUGCGGGAUACCCUGAAAGUCCCAUCUGUAACCAGAGAGACACUCAGUCGACUAGUCUUAGAAAGCCCUGCUCCCGUGGACCUGCAGCACCCGAAGCUGCACCGCCCGGCCGACAGCGAUGAGAUCAAUCUAGAUGCCACGUUUGAUGUGGACACCCCUGAACAUCCACCCUGCAAAUCUCUCCUCAGCCCUGCAAAAAGGCGGAAGGUGGAAAAAAAGCCGCCUCCUGUGGUAAAUCUGGCGAAGAAAGUUCUGAAGGAAACAGUGGAGAACUGGGCAGAUGAUCUGGAGGAUGAUGCUCUCAAAGGACUCUUUCCAGCGUUCAUCAGGAACUCUGUUCUCUCCAAGAAGCCAUCUUCGGGGAGCUUGCUGGGUCCCCACAAAAACAUGGGCACUGUGAGGAUGGGCUACAAUGGCUUGGGAGGUAGAACAAAGUUCAUACAGCCUACCAACCUGACAGAGAUCCGUCCCUUAGCAGUGAGGCGCAAGAAGAAGAACAUCUCCAGGCCAGCAUCUGCAGCUCCCUCCACAUCUUCCAGCAGCAGCCAAGCCCGGCUGGACGGUUUCCUGCAGUGAGACCCCUGCCCUCCCUGGGGAGCAGUGGGGCAGGGUGGCUGCAGGGCACAGUCCCUUGCCUAGAGCCUGGCACCAAGCUGGGCAGCCACUGCAGGGGGCUGUUUGCAAAGCACUGAUGCUGCCAUGGGGGUGAGACCAGCUGUCCUGGAGAGAAUCCUGGCCUUGCAGCAAGCUGACAGGAGACCAAAACUCCGGCUAUGCUUGGACUGAUCUACUCCCCUCCUUUUACCCUUCCUUUCUCCUAUUUUCAUACAGAAUAAAAAGGGUUUCUCAUCUUCCAGCCUACUCAGAGCUCUGCAGUUGCUGCUGGGCUUUCUGACAUUGGGUAGGACUGCAUUUCUUGGAUGCAGCUGCAAGGCAGAGAAUGUGGGCAGGAUGUCUGGGAGAUCAGGCUGGAGCAAGAGUGGGGAGGAGGGACCUGGACCAGCUCUAUACCUGGUGUAAAUAGCUCCAAGACAGUUUCCUGGAGGAAGGUGUGUGCAGGGCAGACCAGUGCUGGCCAGCAUUGCUGCAGGGGGUGUGUGUCCAUCACCCAGUUAAUCACCUUCCCUCUUGCAGCCCUGUGUGGGUUGGGCAGACCCACAGACAAGCCUGGGGGAUGUCCUGCCAUGCCCUGGUUUGGGCCAUGGUGUCCCCUGCAUUUCUGCAGACUUGGCA